AUGUCUUUAGAUAUAUCUACUAUUAAAAGAUUAUCAAAUAAAUCAGUAGAUUCUCAAGAUUCAGGAAUUGGUCUUUCCAAAGCAGAUUACGAGAUUAGAAGAGCAAUAAAAGCACAAAGAAUUAUUGAACGUCCACAGAUAAUUGUUAUUCACAAAGGAAAACCAAUAAUGACAAGUCGCAAUUACUACAAUAAUGGUAAUUCUGAAGAUCUUGAUGCCGAUGCUCACAUGAUAAUAUCAGCUGCCACGGCAUCCAAAAUACACCGAAGAGAAAUAGCUUUCACUAGAAGCAACGAUAUAGAAACAAACGAUAUCAAGAAAGAGAUUGAUAAUUAUGACGAGAAAAAGAAACCUCGAGGUUGCUCGUUCUUAAAAAGCAAACCUUCAAUAAAAAGAGUUUCAUCUGUAAUUAAAAAAUUAGUUGGAAAAGAAAAAAGAUUUAUGACAUGUGUUUACGUUAAUUAA